GCAGGGAUCAAGAGGGUAGACGACAGCUGGGAGCAGGGAACCGUCCACGAAUUAUGUAUCUUCGUCCGAUUUAAAUUCCCCCCAUUGUCAUUCUAAUCCCAAUUAUCAUGAUGGAUGAGCAUGGACAGACAGUGAUAGUGAGCCAGUCAGCUGAUCGGACGACUAUUACCCUUCAAGAUAUCUCCCGCUGCGGUGCAUCGCGUUCUGUGCAACCUCCUUCUCACACCGUUCUUCCUGCCCUGCCAAUUUCUAUGCCGCUGACAUUUCUCAUUUCUUCCUAGAGGCAAGGUAGCAUCGCAUUACAUACAUUCUUUGACUUUCCGAAUAUCCGAUUCUUGGAACUAACAGCCUUUGCAUAAGUGCAAGCUUACUUACCCAUCUAUCAGCGAUGAUGAUGACCUAGGUCAUCCUCAGCUGAACUAAUUAGUUCAUUAACUAGACACUCAACCCAACCCAACCCAACUCAACUAACUAGUUUCUUAAAUUCACCCAGACCAGACCAGCCGAGUUGACAAUACCCACGGCCGGGACCACCCCCCCUCCCCAGUCCCAAGCCCAGCGCGUGAUUUCCAACGGAUACUUGCAGCACCCACCGGCCC